GAACACAUUCUACGUCAUGCUUCGCGGAAAACAAAACAGGAACUACAUUCAAUUACAAUCAGACAAGUGAGUGACCUGGGUCGUGAAGUUUCUUACAAUCAAUAUGGCUGACAAAACGGACCCAUCUAAUGAGGUUCUUCAAUAUCAUACCGACAUGGUAACGGAGCUUGGGGGAUUGUUUGCAACAAAUUCCAGAAAGUGGGGCUCAAUUUGCAGUCAAUAUCAAAUGAUGGGUCACAUCUCAGAAGCCGACAUGGGUCAUGUAAAAAGCAUGUAUGAUUUAUGCAAGUGCUUAAAAGCUAAUGGCAAAAUCGACUACGGGAAAUACGAUAUUUUAAGUGACGUUCUUGGUAAACAAAAUGUGGAAGCAAGUAAAAGAAUUAGCUAUUACACGAAACUGAUCCGUCAGGAAAACGAAGGUAGAGAAAAUACCGACAGGUCACAGUCUGUGUUCAGUGAGGACAGAAAGAGAAAACAAGGACCGAGGGGUGACCGGGAUCCGGUAGUUAACUCCAAGCUUAGAAAGGAGAAACGGAGAAAAGUUGAAGAAGACCGUCCUUAUCAGUUUAGAAAACAGAUGGACAAUACCCAUGACGCAAGAAUAAUUGACGUGUGGACGCGUGCAAGAAACGCUGUUGGACGCAUCAGAGGGCCACAAUACACCGGAACAGGGAUAAGAGUUGGUACCAAGUACAUUCUCACUGCCUAUCAUGUCGCAAAAGACAUAACAAAAGAAAACAUAGGUGACACUGAAGACUGGUCAAAGCUAGGCUCCAAACAUGUCUGGAUAGAGUUCCAUUUUCCAAAAACAAACGGUGAACAAUUUCAUUUUAAACCUGAGCGGCCAGUAUACGACGAGAAACUUGAUUUCGCAAUUUUGGAAUUGGACUCUGGAGAAUCUGAAAUCCCUCAACCAAUAAGAAAGUUUGGUAAACCAGACUACAAGCAAGUAUUUGCAUUGCUUGGCCACCCAACAAAACCGAAUAGUGAAAUAAUGCAAUUCGAUUCUAAUAUUGAACUUUUUGAUCUGGAUGCUGAUAAGAACAGCAAUCGACGUGGUUAUAUGAUCGCAAAUGACGAAGUAAAGCCUGGGUAUGAGGGAAUCUGGGAUAAAGGGAAAGUUCUGUUCGAUUGUUGGGUCCAGCGCGGAGCGUCUGGGUCACCCGGAAUCGUUAUGGGAAACAAUGACGAAGAACCGAUCUGCACUUUGAUGUUGGUGAGAGGAUUCCCGGUACAGGCAUUCUCAGAGGGUGUCAAUACCCAACACGAAGAAAUGAUUGAGCAAGGUGUAACAAUGGAGGAGAUUGCUAACAAAAUCAACAGUCUGGGAAAUAGCGCCAAACGUCUGAAGAUAGACAUAUUUGGUGAAAAUUUUCCGUAACACUGAAUAAAGAAUGUGGACUUUCUAGUGCCUUUUUCAUUGGGUGUCACGUGACCACAAUUUGUGACACCCAAAUCAGAUCAAAGGUGCACUACGCCAGUAAUCAUGAGUUGAGGAAGUUUUCGAUAACUAUGAUUUUUGUAUUUUUCUUUGAAUCAAUACGCUAUCGUAAUUUCACUAACAACUGAAACUGCAAAAAGCAUAGUACAGUAAAAAGUUACAUAGGAAACAUAAUCUUUUAGAAAUCGUAUCAUUAAUUUUUGAUAAAUUCCUUUUUUAAAUCCCGUUAACAAUGAAAAAAUGUAGAUUUUUUGUAUGGGUCCAUAUUUACAUUUGUAAAUUUGGACAAAGCAUAGUUUGGACUUUAAGUAGAAUCGGGAUACAAAAUUGUAGCUGUACGUACGAGUUUGAUGUUCUAGUGGCAGCUAUAUAUGUUGUAUCGAUGUCAUUACGUUUGAUUUGUAAAUAAAAUUCAUCUAUAUAU